AUGUCUGCCUCUCGCAGACGGUCGCUCUUCCGGCCAUGCAUCGACUUACACAACGGCCAAGUCAAGCAGAUCGUAGGGGGGACGCUCUCAGAGAACGACCCGAGCACGCUGCGCACCAACUUUAGAUCCAGCCAUCCAUCUGCGUAUUACGCCGAGCUGUACAAAACACACGGCCUCGAGGGUGGGCAUGUCAUCAAGCUCGGGCCAGGGAACAAUGACGCCGCGAGGGAAGCAUUGCGAGCAUGGGAAGGCCACUUGCAGGUCGGCGGGGGUAUUGACGAUACGGACUGCCGCGAAUGGCUGGAGGCGGGGGCGAGCAAGGUCAUCGUCACAUCGCACCUGUUUCCUGACGGCAGGUUCUCUCUGGAGCGGCUGCAGCGAAUAUCAUCGUUGACGGGGAAGGAGCGACUCGUCGUCGAUGUCAGUUGUCGACGGGUUUGGGACAGGUGGUUCGUCGCUACGAACAAGUGGCAGAUGAUCACAGACAUGGAAGUAAGGCGUGAACAGUGUUUGCGCCGAGACCCGACCAUCUUCACAGUGAAUUCUGGUACAUGCCGCGAUGUGGAAGGCCUCUGCGAGGGAAUCGAUGAGAGCUUGUACCAGUACGUUCGCAUUCAGCCGCGACUUGCACUGAGUGUUGGCUUUAGAACUCGGCAUCGACGACUUGCAACGGUCGAUCGCCUCUCAAAUGGUCGAGUAGACCUCACGUACGGGAGGUGA